UUUCUGUUGGUCUCGGACAUCAGCCCCCAUUCGUCCAACUACUAAACCCCAGAAAAAUCACGUGUGGGGAGGCUCGACUCGCUCAAGCCGCUCUGGCUCGUGCCUACGCCAUGGAGCUGGGCUCGCAUCGCCGGAUCCCAAGCGAAGCCGGCACGCAGGUUCAAGAGCCGCUGGUGCUAUUCUUUACCAAACAUAAACAGCUCCAUCUCCUCCUCCGAAUUCUGUGUGGCUGGUGUGUUUUGUUCUCCACACCGCAGACAUGCAUGUAUUCGGCUUGUAGAAUUUCCAUUCAAGCUAUCGCGAAUAUUAUGCGGGAUAUCCUUGUUCUUGCUCCAAGAAUGGGCUUUGCUAUCAAGCACAAACGAGGCAGCCGUAGCUUGCCAGCGUGUAGAACCCGCCAUCCUCCAGUCGUUCUCCCUGCUUACUUCCGCACCAUCCUUCCCACUACUUUCUCGACUUUUUGUAAUGACAAGCCCACCACUUAUGUCUCUCUGCACUUCACUUCGACUCCAUUUAACGAUACAAUUCCUCUCUGCUACUGCCUAUGCAUCAUCAGUUACAUUCACGCUAUGUGCGGGUAUUCUGUUAACGCUGAGGCUGUUUGCGACAAAGAAGGGGGAAGAGAAUAUGGAAUCUGGUGGUGAGCCAGGUUUCCGAGAUAGUAAUCGCGCAAAUCUUUGCAGCCCCAGGCAUCCCUGGUACGCAGCGCUCACAGCCAGCUGCCUUUUGCUGCUGGUGCAGCCGCUUUUGACAGCGCCCUAUGCACAAAAAUUUUCAUGCG